UAUUGGUGUCUGAAAUCUUAGAAUGCUUGUUUCCUCCGCAGAACAAAGUAAACACCUCUGCACAGCGAACCUGGAGGAGAGACGCCGUAGGCAUAAAUAUCUCGCCUUGGAACAGUGACGUCACCUGUACAGCCGCCUUUCCUCUGCGCUUGCGCUGUGACCCCAACACCUUCGCGGCCCCAUGUUGACUAUUGGCAGAUGUGGUCUCAAAGGCAUUACUGAGCGUGCGCAGAACCGGUCGCUGUAGAUUUUAUAGGCUACGGUGCCGGAGAGCUGGUUCAGAAGCGGAAGUGCUUGUCGGGGCCAGUUCUUGUAACGGUCUCUUCAACAGCAAGCAGAAAAUCAGUUGACGAGAAAGACAGUGAGGCCCCUCGUUACGUGCGCCCUGCCUCUCCCUCUGUCCCUCUCCCCUCGCCCAAUCCCUGAGUAGGGGCCUGGUGUGAAAGUGCCAGGAGAAGUGACCUGCACCUGAAGGCCUCUUUUCGGGUCCUGGGCAAGACUAUCCCAGUGAGCUCAAUUUUCACAUAUCUCUGCCUUUUCCCAAGAACAGCAGGAAAUGGCCAAACCCCAGGUGCUGGGGAUUGAACCCAGGGCCUGUGAAUGAUAGGCAAGUGCCCUCCCACUGAGCUACACCCCCAACCCUAUUUAGAUUGAACCCAGUACCUCAAACGUGCUAGGGACUAGUGACAUUUGAGGAUGUGGCUGUGGAUUUCACCCAGGAGGAGUGGCAGUACCUGAACUCUCUGCAGAGGACCUUAUACCGAGAUGUGAUGCUAGAGACCUACAGCAACCUGGUCUCCGUGGGUAAGAAUGGCUUCCUCAGGGCAACAGGUUUGUAAACCAGACCUCAUCCUCAAGUUGGAGGUGGAAGAGCUAUGCCCAGCAGAAGACAGAAUUCCAAUUUGGAGCUUUCCAGAAGUCUGCCAAGUUGGUGAAAAGAUUGAGAGCCAGCAUCAGGAUGACCAAGAUCAAUGUCUCUUGAUGCAAGUUGGAUUCCCUGACAAGAAAAUAAUGACUACCAAGAAUGGCCACGAAUGUAAUGAAUUUGGAAACACUCUUCAUCUGAGUACAAGCCUUGGUAUUCCAAUACAAAGACCUCAUAAACUUGAAACAUUUGGAAAUGAUAUGGUAGAUAAUGUAGACUUAUUUAGAAGUGCUGUGGAAAAGAAACACGAUAAUGGGUGUGCAAAAUUAUUCUUCCAUACCGAGUUUGAGAAAUCAAAUCCUGUAGUGAAGCCCUAUGGAUAUAAAGAAUGCGGGAAAGUCCUCAGGCGAAAGAAAGGUCUUAGUCUUCAUCAGAGAAUUAAAAAUGGAGAGAAACCAUUUGAAUGUACUGCAUGUCGGAAAACCUUCAGCAAGAAGUCACACCUCAUUGUCCACUGGAGGACUCAUACAGGGGAGAAACCAUUUGCAUGCACCGAAUGUGGAAAAGCUUUUAGCCAAAAAUCUCAGCUAAUUAUACACCUCAGAACUCAUACAGGAGAGAGACCCUUUGAGUGUCCUGAGUGUGGGAAAGCCUUCAGAGAAAAGUCAACUGUCAUUAUACAUUACAGGACUCAUACAGGAGAGAAACCUUAUGAAUGCAAUGAAUGUGGAAAAGCCUUCACUCAGAAGUCAAACCUUAUCGUUCAUCAGAAAACCCACACAGGAGAGAAAACCUAUGAAUGCACUAAAUGUGGGGAAUCUUUCAUCCAGAAGCUUGAUCUGAUUAUACACCACAGCACUCACACAGGGAAAAAACCCCAUGAAUGCCAUGAAUGCAAGAAAACGUUCAGUGACAAGUCCACCCUCAUUACGCACCAGAGAACUCACACAGGAGAGAAGCCCCAUAAAUGUACGGAAUGUGGGAAGUCUUUCAAUGAGAAGUCGACCCUCAUUGUACAUCAGAGGACACAUACAGGAGAGAAGCCCUAUGAAUGUGACGUGUGUGGAAAAACCUUUACCCAAAAGUCAAAUCUGGGUGUGCAUCAGAGAACUCACUCUGGAGAGAAACCCUUUGAGUGUAAUGAAUGUGAGAAAGCCUUCUCCCAGAAGUCCUAUCUCAUGCUACAUCAGAGAGGUCACACAGGGGAGAAGCCCUAUGAAUGCAAUGAAUGUGAAAAGGCAUUUUCCCAGAAGUCCUAUCUUAUUAUACACCAACGAACUCAUACAGAAGAAAAACCCUAUAAAUGUAAUGAGUGUGGCAAAGCCUUUCGAGAAAAGUCAAAGCUCAUUAUACACCAAAGAAUUCAUACAGGAGAAAAACCCUAUGAAUGUCCUGUAUGUUGGAAAGCUUUUAGCCAGAAGUCCCAGCUCAUAAUCCAUCAGCGAACACACACAGGAGAGAAACCCUAUGCAUGCACAGAGUGCGGCAAAGCCUUCAGGGAAAAGUCCACGUUCACUGUCCAUCAAAGGACUCACACUGGAGAGAAGCCCUAUAAGUGUACAGAGUGUGGGAAAGCCUUUACCCAAAAAUCCAACCUUAUUGUACAUCAGAGAACCCAUACAGGAAAAAAGGCCCAUGGGAGAGGCCAGACCCGGAAGUCAAAGCUCACGGCACACUAAUGAGUAAAGUGAGUGUCUGUUAGGUACCCCAAAGGAAAGUUGUGUCAAUUUACUAUUUUAAAUGUACGUUCUGACUUCUGGUUUAAACACAGGGAGUAAAGUUGGCCUUUCUUCUUUUCGUCUCAGUUUUCACCCAAGAGCAGCAGGAGAAAAAGAAGCAAAAGUGUGAGCUCCAUAUGUGAUAAAAUUAGGAGACAACUGCUACCAGAGGCCUCCAGAGGCAGAGGAAACCAAGACCCAGUGCAGGGCCACAGAUGAGAGGCAGCAUGGGUUAGGACUCUAAGCAGAGGGUCCUGAUACACUCCAAGGUACAGCAUCACAGGCAGCUGUAACCAUGGUAACAGAGUGCAUGAGCAGGUAGGAGGCUUCCUAGACUAUUUGGCAUCUGAGGAGAAACAGGCAGGGGCCUCAACAAGGAGAUACUCAGACAAGCCUUAUUUACAGAAAGUAGCCUGUACUGAUAGGAGGAAUAGUUGUGGGCACCUUGGAGAAAAGAAGGGACUUUUCCUUGUGAAGAACCCAUAGUAUCUCCUGUUUAGUGACUUGGGAAAAGUAAAGUGAAAGAACUAACAAAUGUGUGUGUGUGGAGCUCAUUUGUUAGAAAAACUGAUCUUCCUAGAAUAUAUUCCUGGUAUCUUCCCAACAUGAACCUCCAGCGAAUAGCAAGUCCAGGAAAAACUUUUCAUUCAAAGAGAAUAUUUCACAGAAAAUCAAAACCACAAAUGUUUUCCAAGACAUCAACUCAACUUCAAGAUUGUCAAAAUGAUGAACACACAGAGGUGUUUGUUGAUGUACUGUUUGCGAAAAUAUUGGAAGCUGUCCAAAUGAAAUCCCCAGAUUCUGCUUCCUGAAAUUGUGAUGUAUUUGUACAACAGAUUCCUAAGUAGAAAAAAAUGAUAAAGAAACUUGGAUAUCAUUUAUGUUACUGAUGUGGAGCAACCUCCAAAUUAUUAGGGAAGAAAAGCAAGGUACAGCAUAGUAUGUCACGAUGUGUAUAUAAAGAGGGAAAAUGGUAAGUACAUAAUUGUAUAUACACAAACCAUUUCUGAAAAGAGAUACAAGAUGCUGAUAACCUUGAUUCCCUUGGGGAAGGGGCAGUGGGUGCUGAGGGCAGGGAACUGGGAGGGAGAUAGCUGUGUAUCCUUUCAUAGUUUUAGAAAACUGUAUUAUGUGGAUGUACUGCCUUUUCAAUGAACAAAUAAAAUUUUAAAAAGCAUAAUUUUGUUCUGUUGUAAUGAAGUUGGAGUCAAGACAUAGCUUAUUGACAUUUAGUAUCAAUAAGCUCAAUAUGGAAUUUCUUUUUGUGACAUUGCAGGUGAAACCUAGGGCCACAAGCAUGAUGUGACAAGUACUCUAACUGAUCUAUGCUCCCAGCCAUGAAAUUCAGUUUUUUUGAGUGGAUAAACAGAAUAAUCAGACAGAACAAUAUUAAAUUCCUAAAGCACAUAAGCAUUAUUUUCCUGAGGGUGCAAAUAAUUGAUUCUCACGCCAGCUGAGACCAUACUACCUAAACCUAAAGUAAUUGAGAUUGGAAAACAUUUCUUCUUUAGUAUGCACAGUGACAUCUGUGAAAAGAUUCUGUGUUGGGCUGGGGAUGUGGCUCAAGCAGUAGCGCAUUCGCCUGGCAUGCGUGCGGCCCGGGUUCGAUCCUCAGCACCACAUACAAACAAAGAUGUUGUGUCCGCCGAGAACUAAAAAAUAAAUAUUAAAAUUGUC